ACAAAAUGAGAAGGAAAACCAGAACAAAACAUGAUGAUUGAACACAAAUUCUUCAACAUUUCUCUGUUUCUGUUGCUUCUUUUUUCAGGAGAUCUAAGUGGAGAUCUUUCACUCUCCUUCACUGUCAGAGAUGGAGAUAAAGUCACUUUGCCUUGUGAAAACAUGAUCAAAAACCAUCACAGCUGUGACACUACCACCUGGCUCUUCACUGAUUCAAGAGGAAAAGCAGCAGUAGAGCUGGUUAAUCUUGGACAAAUCAAAGAAACAGUCAAAUCAGACAGACUGAGUGUUACAGCAAAAUGUUCACUGGUUAUAAAGAAGGUCACAGCUGAGGAUGUUGGUCGUUACACCUGCAGACAGUUUAGAGGUAAUCCAGGGAAACAGCAAGGUCCAGAUGCUGUGGUUUAUCUGUCUGAUGUCAUCAUGACUGAACAGAAGAGCAGGGAUCAGGUGACUUUAAACUGCUCUGUGCAGGUACAUGGACAUUGUGAACACAAAGUGAAGUGGAUUCAUUACAGUGAAGGUCUGAAUAGAGAUUACUCAAACAUAAAAACAUUACAGUCGUCCUGCUCUGCUACUGUGACUUUUGUAAAUUCUUUAUACAGUCACAUAUCUAACUCUGACUUUAAGUGUAACGUAACAACAGAAGAUGGCAAAGAGCAGCUUUUUACCUUCAGCCCUCAUUCAUCAGGUGAACAAACAAACAAACAAACAAUUACAACAACAACAGUUAAAUUGGAAAUCACAAUUGGAAAUACAGUAAGAGCAGGUCUGGGGACAAAAGAGUUGGAAAGCAUGGAAGGUUCAAGAAAAUUACAAAGCUGGUCCUUGUACAGGCUCAUCAUAGUGGCUCUGGGUUUAGCAGCACUUAAUGCUGCUGUUGUGAUCGUCAACAUCUGGAUAAGAGUUGGGAAAAAAGCACAGAUGGAGGAAAACACGAUGUGCAAAGAUGAGGUUGAUGAUGGAGCAGUGAACUAUGAAAAUGUCCAAUCUUCUGAUGAAGUUUGACCGACCCUCCUGCUUCUGGCAGAUCUCACAUAUCAGCACAUCAACGUGCUGUAUAUUUCUUUUUACCUUCAUACUCAACCUUUUAAACAGAGACUCGUGCUCUUGCUUCAGUCACAGUUUGGAUAACGAUACUGAAACUGUGAUACUCUCCUACUUUGAAAACCAAAGUGACUUUUAUAAAAAUAACUUCCUGCAUC